AAAUACCACAACGCACAUGGUUACAAGAAAAAAGCGUCGGCGCGCUUAGCAACUGGCGACCAUUACCCCGGAACUAUCGGUUGAUCGAGCCUUGCUUUCAGUGCGAGAUUAUUGACUGCCUAACAAACGAUCUGAACGAUAUCAUUCUGUGGAGAAGUAUCGUUUUGUCCGCUUUCAGUCAGUUUUGUUAAGUGGCGUUAAAUUUUCAUGAAAUUGGUUAGGUUGUCUGCUUUUGCUUGGGAUUAGAGACGGAGUGUUUGUCCGUGAGGAACGCCGCAGUCAUCAGAAGGAGGAGACUGACGCCGCCGACGCAGCAGAGGACCGCGGAGGCGCCCAGAGCGAUCGAGAGCGCAGACGACAGGUUAUGGUGUUUGUUGACAACAGUUUGGAAGUUCUUUCGCAGGAUAUGGUCGGAAUUUAGUAACAAUCAACAGGCAGACAUAAUCAAUCAGUGACUGGAAAAGAAGCUGUCGACAGAAAUCCAAAAUGGCGGCGCACAUGGGAGCCGCGCCCGAGAGUCCUCGGCCAUUCUCGGUCAUUUCCGAAGGAUAUCAGGACCAACUGAACAUCCCGUUCUUCGACGACCGGUACAGCUUCGGGGAGGCCUACGAGACAAGGAUGAUGGAACUGGUUCACAGGUUCCUGGAGCUUGGGACGGAUGACCGAUUUUGUUACGUAGGCGAUGCUAGGGGGAGUUUAGCGCCGCGAAUCCAGGAACAUUUCUGUCUUUUGGAACCAGUACUGAGCGUCAACCCCGGACACUUUCACUACGAAGAAACACCAAAAUGCAAAAUGCUCCCAUUCAGGAUCGCGUACACCGGCGCAGAGGAAUAUUUCAGAACAGUCGCACAAAACCCGGACAAUUUGCCGCUAUUCGAUCGCGUAUUGUUAAAGGACGCUAUACCCUAUUUCGCAAGUCCGAAGGAAACUUACAUGAACAUCAUGUCGACCAUUUCGGAAUAUGGUAAAAUCAUGAUCGUCCAUCGUCCACAAGCCAUGAACACUUUACCGAUAUUUUCGGAUGCGCGACACCGCUUUGCCGAGACCGAGGAUCAUUACAUACAAAUCGUCAAGGACCUCCAGACAUGUGGGUUUGACGUCCAGUGGGAGAUCGAAUCCGUCCCGAUCAUCAUGCCAAAGGUCAAAUGGCUUGCCAUGCUGAAGGAGAAAUUCCCCCCUCAAAUGGAUAUCAUCAGUAACUUCGAGGUCAUGACCGGGAUACGCGAAUUAUCGGAGGGGGUCCUGAAAUACGAGGGAGACAUGGUCGAGUUCCAAGACAGAUUGUUGUUCGUCACCGCAUCCCGCCCCAUGGUCGAGACGGGUUACCCCAGUAUAAACCGGAUCGGUCGAACUGAGCUGAAACCUUACCCAGGAAUGCAAGACUUGCACUACAAACUUGAGAUCACUCCGGAUAUAAAACCGUUCGUUCCGCUAAUCAAGUGAUGAAACUGUUCGCGUUUCUACCACUACAAAGAAGCCACACAUGUGAAAACAUACAAAAAAUACACUAUCAGAAUGAUAUCUAGUUCACUCUCUGUUUCGUAGGUGGCGCCCUUUGUAAUUUAAAGGGGAACUGUUGAUACAGGCAGGAGCUAUGAGAUCAAAUUGGUGAUCUUAAUGUGACAGAUAUGCAUGCAUGUGACUGGGUCAUAAUUGAUUCAGCGAUGAGUAUCGAGUCCUUGUACAAGCGUGAAUAGUUCCGGUGUGGUGGGAUAGGAGAGACCCCGACCCUAUCGGCGUUUCAUGGAACUUAGUCUGACCUACCCAGGCUCCUGCCUAUAGACUCCCUUUAAGACGUGUACAUUUCUUCACACUUUGAUCCAUCGUAUCAAGAAAUGAUAAAGACGACUAGUCUUUACUUAUUCUUGGUUAUAUAUUAAGACCCCCUUUAGGAGGGGCUCUUAAGAUACACGUGUGUGCGGGAGUAUAUAAUGUAAAUGAAGUGAAAUAAAGAGAGUAAAUAUUGUAUAUCCUACAAACAAUUUUUUUUGGUAUUUUUCUGAAUUAACUCCGUUGAGUUUACCGAUUUCUCCGCGAUCUUCCGGUGGUGG